CAAUACAUGCACAUUCUACUACUGAUCUAUCUCUGGUAAAUCAAUAUGAUAUAGUAGUUCCUAACUAUAAUUUCUCUGAUAAAGUUCAUAAUGAAGAUUUUCAUUAUACUAGACUAAUAGCAGGUUUUGUUCAAGAAAAUGAUAACUUAUGUUUACCAAUUUCUAUAUAUGAUCCCAACUUAGAACCUUUAUUAUUUUCUGACCUUUUUACUAAUAAAAAAGGUCACUUUCAUGAUAUCUUAAAUUUAUCUUUAGCAACAAAUAAAGCACAA